CUUGGAAGGGAAAGCCAAUCCUCUGUCGCUUCUUCAAAUGGCCUCCCCAAGUGGCUUCUGUGUCUUGGUUCGCUUGUCCAAGCUGAUCUGUGGAGGAAAAACACUACCAAAAACAUUAUUGAAUAUGUUGGCAGAUGGCACUAUUUUAAAAGUUGGAGUAGGAUGUUCAGAAGAUGCCAGCAAGCUUCUGCAGGAUUAUGGCCUCUUUGUUAAGGGGUGCCUGGACCUCCGAUACCUAGUCAUGAGGCAGAGGAACAAUUUGCUCUGUAAUGGGCUUAGCCUGAAAUCACUUGCUGAGACUGUUCUGAACUUUCCCCUUGACAAGUCCCUUGUACUUCGUUGUAGCAACUGGGAUGCUGAGAAUCUUACGGAGGACCAGGUAAUUUAUGCUGCCAGGGAUGCCCAGAUUUCAGUGGCUCUCUUUCUCCAUCUUCUUGGAUACCCUUUCUCUAGGAAUCCAACUUUAGAAGAAAACGAUGACCUCAUUGGCUGGAGAAAAGUUUUGGAGAAAUGCAAGGAUUUGGUAGACAUCCCAUUCCGAAGCAAAGGAAUUAGCAGAUUGGGAGAAGAGGUUAAUGGGGAAGCAACAGAAUCUCAGCAAAAACCAGGAAAUAAGAAGUCUAAGGUCGAUGUAACAGUGCCAGGCAACCAUCAAGGGCGAGACCCCAGAAAACAUAAAAGAAAGCCCCUGGGGGUGGGCUAUUCUGCCAGAAAAUCACCGCUCUAUGAUAACUGCUUCCUCCAUGCUCCUGAUGGACAGCCCCUGUGCACUUGUGAUCGAAGAAAAGCUCAGUGGUACCUGGACAAAGGCAUUGGAGAGCUGGUGAGUGAAGAGCCUUUUGUGGUCAAGCUACAGUUUGAACCUGCGGGAAGACCUGAAUCCCCAGGAGACUACUACUUGAUGGUUAAAGAGAACCUGUGUGUAGUGUGUGGCAAGAAAGACUCCUACAUUCGGAAGAACGUGGUCCCACACGAGUACCGGAAGCACUUCCCCAUUGAGAUGAAGGACCACAACUCCCACGACGUGCUGCUGCUCUGCACCUCCUGCCAUGCCAUCUCCAACUACUAUGACAACCACUUGAAGCAGCAGCUGGCCAAGGAGUUCCAGGCCCCCAUUGGCUCUGAGGAGGGCUUGCGCCUGCUGGAGGACCCAGAGCGCCGGCAGAUGCGCUCUGGGGCCAGGGCCCUGCUCAACGCCGAGAGCCUGCCUGCUCAUCGAAAGGAGGAGCUGCUGCAAGCUCUCAGAGAGUUCUAUAACACAGACAUGGUCACAAAUGAGAUGCUUCAAGAGGCUGCCAGCCUGGAGACCAGGAUUUCCAAUGAAAACUACAUUCCUCAUGGGCUGAAGGUGGUGCAGUGCCAUAGCCGGGGUGGGCUGCGCUCCCUCAUGCAGCUGGAGAGCCGCUGGCGUCAGCACUUCCUGGACUCCAUGCAGCCCAAGCACCUGCCCCAGCAGUGGUCAGUGGACCACAACCAUCAGAAGCUGCUCCGGAAAUACGGGGAAGACCUUCCCAUCAAGCUGUCGUGAUAGCUGCUUUCCUCCCAGGUGAGGACAGCUGGGAAGCUGGAGCCAAGGUGGAACCGUCACCUCUUCCCGUUUUAAUACGUUGUUAAUUGUCAAAGCCUGUGACACAACUCCGAAUACUAACCCAUACUGAUCCCAGAAUGCUUCUGGUGGAUGGAGCAUGGCUCUUGUUUUAAGGGGAGCUUAUGGUUUUAAAUUUUAGUUGGGCAGAAUGAAAAUUCUUUUUUUUCCUCCAUUUUAUUUUAUUUUUGUGGACAAGGAGGGUCUUGGAUUUUACUCUUCCUCUUCUGCCUUCCUUGUGCAGAUGGUAAAUGAAGGAUUCUCCCUGAAGUGACUUGUCAGGACUCUCAGGUUUUUUAAUACAUUUCUUCCCUGUUCAGUAUAUUGAUUUAUCUCAAACGGGCUAAGCAUUUCAAUCCCGUCAGGCUAGGAGGGGAGAAAAAGUUCUUCCAGGGGGUUGGAGAGGCGAUCAAGGGUUCAGAUGAAUUUUCCCAGUUCAGCCUCAUAAUUACACAUUCUUUGGCUUAUGCUCUCCCACAAUGCACCUGUUUGGGAUCCAUUCCCAACUGAAUCACUUCAGUUGAUUUCACACACUUGCGCUUGCUCCCCUCGACAUGUCAAGGACCAAAGCCACAACGUCCUUACUUUGCUUCCACACUAACAUUAGAGGGAAUCAUUUUCUAGAGACAGGCCUCCCACCAGGUGGGGCAGGGAGAAGCCUCAGCACCAUCCCCCCAGAGAACUUCGAUAAGUUGCUGUGCUUUUCCUCUCAUGCUGUUCAUUGUCUGCUGGUUGCCAUCCUCCUGCCCAUAACUGCAAGGCUUUUAGCUUAAUCCCUUCCUGGGUGGAAGAUUAUCUUUUCUCAGAAUCAGUAUCUGGUCCCUCCAGAGUUCUGUUUCCAUCGAUUUGCAGUACUGACCUCUUUCCAGCACUUAAUUGUCUCCUGGAGUCUUUGGUUGCAGUGAGGAUCUCUCCACCUCCCCCCAUGCCUGGAACACUGAGAUUAACUUAUUUGUUUAGAUGUUAAAACAGUGGUGUUUUUUCUUUCAAAAUGUGAGGUCACCACUUUAAGCAUGAAAUCAACUUGGGAAUUGUGCCCAAGUUGGUGAUGGUUGCUCUGAUAAAUAAAACUUCUAAGCACAAAACUUACUGACUGUAACUGUAAAGCUUUUUUCUUCAUAACUUUAUAAAGUUGGUAAACAUUCUUGGGGGAAGAGAUAGUCGUCCAUGUGGCAGUACCAUCGUAUGUGGCAUGGAUGGAUACACACACACACAGUGCAGCUUUGGCAGGUCAAUUAAGAUGCAGGUCAGUUACCGUAAGGUGCAGUGGUUGCUGUGAGAAGAAGGAAUGAGGUCCCCAGCAGAGCUUCCUGCAAAGCCCAGUAACAGCCAGCAGCCACGGUAGAGGAGGAAGCUAGACCGUGGCACACGAGGUGUCUCAUCCUUUUCAGAAGUUAUUGUGUACAUUUGAGUCUUUUGUUCACUGAGUCAACCUUGGACUUUAUUUAUUUUUAAAGAUUUUUAGAGAUAGACUAAUGGAAAGAGAGAGAAAGAAACAUUGAUCGGCUGCCUCCUGCACACCCCCCACCAGGGAUCAAGCCCACAGCCCAGGCAUGUGCCCUGACUGGGAAUUGAACCUGCAACCCUUCUGUCCACGGGAAGAUGCCCAACCAGCUGAGCCACACUGGCCAGGGAUAGUCAGCCUUGGACUUUAGCAGCCUUUCCCUAAGGCUGACAAUUGCUAUUUUAAAUGAGAUAUUUUAAAUGAGAUAUUUUAGAAUAGGCAUACUAUAAAUACUUACUGUUUUUUUCUGAUACAAAAGUAAUGUAUGCUUAUUAUAGAUGAGUCUGAAAAAAGAAUAAAAAUAAUCCAUCUUACCUCCAUCUGGAACAGAGCUAACCUUUGCUGAUAUAUUUAUGCGUUUCCUUUUGGUAUAUAAAAAUGCAUGUAAUAUAUGUAUUUAAACCAAGUUGAGAGUCAUACAUAUAUACAGCUGGGUAUCCUAUUUCCCCCCCUCACUUAACAUGGUAUCACAAGUAACUAAUUUCCUGUAUCUUUCAGUAUUGGAAAGUAGAUCUCUCGUGGUUCUACCUGACUUUAGUUAUCCAUUCCCAUACUUGAAAAUUUUGGUUGUUUCAGGUUCUUUGUUAGUUAAUAUCAGUGAUGCUGUGGUGAACUUUCUUAUGUAUAAAUCUUUGCCUAUGUCUUUAAUAAUUUCAUUAGAAUAGAACCCUAGAGAUUGGAUCGUGAGGAGGGGACUCACAUUGCUGGUGUGAGUACAAGUUGAAAGCGUCUCUAGGGAUGUGUAUUAAGGGACUGCUUCUCUUUGACCCCGUGGCUCAUGUUCCAGUGCAUUUGCGGAGCUUCUCUGUGAGUAGCGGUCAGAGGACAGUUCCCAGCAAGGGCCUCUCUGCAUGUUCCGGUCAGAGUCCUUUCUCUGCUUCCCUCUGUGUCCUGCUCUCCAUCGCCUCAUUUGCCCUUUGCAGUCAAUGUUUUUUGGAAAAACUGCUUGUUUGAAAAUAAAAAUGUAAAAAUAAAAUGAAAGUUUUUAUUUUAAAA